UCUGCUAAACACUUGAUUGGACAGUGAUCAGCUGGCUUUGAGGAAUACAGUUGUUGUGUGAUAUGGCCUUUCAACUUUGUCCCUUGCUGCAGACUCAAGCAUUCCUCCGAGACGUCAACGCCACAGACAGGAACGUAUUGAUCUGGUCGUGUGCUUUUAUUCCUGUUGGAUAGUUUCACUGUAGUUUCAUCAGCUGCUGCUUUAACGUUGGAAUUAUGACGCUGAAUACAGACAAGGUGCAUGGCGGGAUGGACUUCAUUGACCUCCUGCUCAGGAACACGGAUGAAACCCCCCGUUACCACAGCAACCAACCAUGGACUAUCACAAUUCAUGAAACCAUGAGCCCCGAGGGAAGCACCGCUGAUGACUUCCUGGAUGCCCUGCUAGGUGGGAGCGACUCCUCCUCGGCUCCAGCAUCACCCCUGUGGUCGCCCUGCACCACUGACAGUGGCAUCAACGAGGACGCCCCGACAGAUCUCAGAGAGAGCCCUCACCCUCCCUUCUGCUCAGCUUUUCCAGCGCUGUCUUUCCCUCAGCCUCCACCUCCGGAGAACCAUCCACCACCACCACAUGAAAAAGCAUCUGAUGUUGCCAUUGAUCUAGGCUGGGAGUCCGAUGACCUCCAAGAUCAGUUUGGCAUCGCACACUACCUCACGACGAACCUAACGUCCCCUCUGUCGUCCAGUCAGGCUCUCACAGUGAAGGACCUGCUGCUUUCCAGCCCGGGACAGACAGCGCAGCGGAUCUCCCAGCAUUCCCUGCAGGAGCUUGUGCUUAAUGAGGAUGAGAGGAAGCUUCUGGCUAAAGAAGGGGUGAACUUACCCAGCAAACUGCCCCUGUCCAAGUUUGAAGAGAGGGUUUUGAAGAAGAUCCGGCGGAAAAUCCGCAACAAGCGCUCGGCUCAAGAAAGUCGGAAGAAGAAGAGGGAAUAUGUUGAUAGUCUGGAGGGAAGGAUGUCUGCGUGUAGCGCUCACAACCUCAAGCUGCAGAGAAAGAUCCAGCAGUUGGAGGAGACCAACAAUGAUAUGCUGGAGCAGCUAAGCCGGCUACAGGCUCUCCUUCCUAACAGCUCCAGCAAAACAACACACAGAGGGACCUGCAUCCUGGUUUUGCUCCUCUCCUUCUCCCUGCUCAUUUCCUCAAAUCUUCAGCCAGAUCCCUACAGCCAACAGGGAGAGUACACACAGACCAAAGUGCCGUCCCGUGCCCUGCAGUCAGUGGUUGAAGUGCGAGACGUCGCUCCUCUUCCUCUCUUCUCCGUCUCCAGGGGCUUUGAGGCACUGUGCAGGCUGAUGGAGAAGCUCUGACCCUGGGCAGAUCUCCCCGAGGUAGACUUCCCAUCCUCCCACCACAAGGGUCACAGGCACCGGGACAAUCGCUGAUCUCCUCAGGACCCCCCUGAGAGGAAAAACAUAGCGAAGGAAAGCAGGCUUGCUUGCAGGCGCAGCAUCCAAAUGAGCAGUUUUAAUUGCUUUUCAACGACUGUUUCUCACCGCAGAGACUGAGCGAGGUGUUAUGGUGUGUUUGCCAUCUGCUCCAACACACAAGCAGCUAAAAGAUUUAACUGAAAUUCACUCACUCAGAUGGAGAUCGGCGUGGAGGUCAUCCAAACAGAUGUCAUAUUUCAUUUUGCUUUGGAAUACGGAGCCUCAGGGACCUGGUGGAGCAUGUAUUAUAAAGUAUAUAUAUAUAUACUACUGCAAGACGUAUGAUCUGUUAAACAACACAAAUGUAUAUUCACUGCUGUAUUUUAUUAUUUACUUUUAAUGUAUAUGUUGAUAAAAAGUUCAGCAAAUUUGCACUUUGUAACAGUUUAAUGCAACGCUGACAGAGUGCAAGAGAAUUAAAAUGUUUACUCCAGUGAAGUUUGGAAACUGCUGAAGGGAUUUGUUCCUCUCAGUAAUUCCAUGUGUCCAAUUUGGAAGAUUUACAUCCCAAAAAUAAUGAGGCGAUAUGUGAACAACAAACAUGAUUUGAC